ACAACUUAACUUGCCUGAAGAGGAGAAACGGAAGUGAUGCUGAACUUGUUGAUCGUCGGUCUUUGCGUCUCUGGCGUAUUUUCUAUUUCUGAGCCAGGAAUUUGGAAAGUUCAUUAUGACACUGACCGUUCCAUCAACGCAUUUCAUAAAAGUAUGUAUAAGGGCACCAACAUAGCUGUUAAAGUCAUUUGUAAAGAGAAUGCAAAGACUAAAUGCAAGAAUUCACUGAAAAUUGAAUGGGUAUUGCGUUAUUCCCCAUGUGCAGAGGAAUUUAAUGAAGUGGAAGAUGAUGGGGGAAGACAAGAGGCUUAUUUAAAUUCUCCAAGCAUACAGCAAUUCCCAGACAAACCAUAUGCAAAUGCAGAAUAUAUGAAAAAUUAUACCAUACAGGAUUGUGAGAGCAGUUUCUUUUGGCUGCCAUUUCAAGUCACUAAAGAACAAACAAAUGCUGUUCUUGUACCGCAAAACAAUACAGACCUAGUGAAAGCCAAGAAAGGGGACAAAUCUAAAAGGGAAUCCCUAUUAGACGGGAAUCCCCUAACAAGGACGGCAGUAUCAGCAAAGCCUAAAAAUGGUUCAACGGUCACAACAGCAGCACCACCACCACCACAACCACAACCUGGCCAGAAAGACCGUCCAGCAUUCCAGAAGACUUGGAGAGAUGGCUACUUUGUUUUUAUUAUGCAAAUUACUGAUUCAGAAGGCUCAAAAUUUCAAACCGAAGUGGAAGUGGAAAUGUAUGGGGAUUAUGGAUUCAUUUCUGCUGUAGACAUGCCUCUCCUUGUUUUCUAUGGAGUGAUGGGAAUUGUAUACAUUAUCUAUGGACUUGUGUGGUUGGUUCUAUUGGCCUGCAGUUGGAGAGACCUCUUGAGAGUUCAGUUCUGGAUUGGGGGAGUUAUUGUUCUGGGCAUGCUAGAAAAGGCAGUGUUUUAUGCAGAAUAUCAAAGUAUUACCACACAAGGCCACUCAGUAAACGGAGCAGUGAUUUUUGCGGAGCUUGUUUCCUGUCUCAAGAGAGCACUAGCCAGAAUUCUCAUCAUCAUUGUCAGUCUGGGAUUUGGAAUUGUGAAGCCCAGACUUGGUACCACUUUCCACAAAGUUGUUGGCAUAGGAGCACUGUACUUCAUUGUGGCUUCCAUUGAAGGAUGUAUGAGACAACUUAAGCCCAAGGGAGAUAAUUCAACAGAUGUGAUGUUGGCAACAAUUCCUUUAGCUGUUAUAGAUGCCUCAAUAUGCUGGUGGAUAUUCUCCAGCCUUAUACAGACAACUCGAACUCUUCGUCUAAGACGUAAUGUGGUCAAGCUGUCUCUGUAUAGACAUUUUACCAAUACUCUCAUAUUUGCUGUGCUAGCUUCUAUUGCUUUUAUGAUCUGGUCGUUUACACAACAUAAAAUGAAAACCUGCAUAACGGACUGGAGAGAAUUAUGGGUAGAUGAAGCAUUCUGGCACCUCUUAUUUUCUGUCAUCCUCUGUGUCAUUAUGGUACUGUGGAGACCCUCAGCUAACAACCAAAGAUAUGCGUUCUCUCCCCUGCUGGAUGCUGCUGAUGAAGAAGAAGAAGAGAACUUGAUGAAUGAUGCCUUUGAUGGGAUGAAGAUGCGAGGAGUGAAGGGAGCAGCAAAUGGAUCACCCAAAAGUCGCAAUAGUGUGGAGGAAGACCUGAAGUGGGUGGAAGAAAAUAUCCCAACAUCCUUAACUGACAAGGCUCUUCCAAGUCUUCUGGAUUCCGAUGAAGAAAUGAUGACAACCAGAUAUGAAGUAAACAAGAUGCAGUGAUUGCCUUAUCUCUGAUGGCUACUCGAGGAAAAGUAAUGGUUCUGUGAUCCGUGUUAGGAGAGUUAUGUAACUUUUGAUGUACAUUGUAUGAGUCGUGACUUCAGUUAGAACCAAGUGUUGUGAAUGAAGUUAUAUGUUCCAGUAAUUGUGAUGAGUGUAUAACCAGGUCGUGUAAAUGAGAAAUGCAUUUGUUGCUUAUAAUGUACAUGUAACUCAUUAAUCAUGCUAAAGAAGAAGGUACCCACACUUUCAUUCUUAUUUGGCUUUGUUUUCCAUUGUAUAUGACAAUUUACAAUGAGUACAGCUUCUAUGGUGUAAUUUGUGGGUAGCUUCCCUUUACAUUUUCCCCUUACAUACAAAGUGGACUUCAUUAAUCAUUUGAUUUUGUGGUCUUAGUCAACUACAAAAAAAUGAAAUUGGUUUUCAAUGAAUUACAAGAAAACAACUUUAAACAAGUGUCAAAGAUAUCAAGCACUGAAGCUACAGAAGAUGAAAAGAAAUUCUAAAAUUUUUUUUAUCAGACCACACUGAUGAUGUGCAUUUUGUACAUCCCUUCAGAAUGAAGAUUUAAUUGUGAAGUCAUUUUUAAAUUGAGAUAUUUUGAUAUAGGAAGCAUAAUUGAUAAAGCAAUUUUACACAGAAGGAUAACGAUUUUAAAAGGCUUAUAUAUAUAUAUAUAUAUAUAUAUAUAUAUAUAUAUAUAUAUAUAUAUGGAUUCAAUUCCCCUGUUCACCCUUGGACCACUUGAAUAUAUUACUAGUUGUAUAAAUCUGCAAAAUAGUCUUGCAUCCACAAACACCCUUUUUGUAUUUCAUGAAUGAAUAAAUAGAUAUAAAGUAAUACAAAUGCAGUAGAAAUUGACAACUCUAAAUGUUUAUUACAUAUUUUAUGUUAAUAAACAUGAUUAAUUUUAUUUCUAGAGAUUAUACGACUUGAAGUUUAAUAUUAACAAUAAUUUCAAUCCCAAAUCAAGUACAUUUUACAUUAAUUUUGGAAAUAUUUUUUAAUAAUUUUAACAUUCACAUUUAAAUACCACAGAAAUGAAAACUUUGAUUCCACAGAAACGCAUAUACAGUUUGAAAACCCAUAUCAGAACAGGCUGCGGUCUUGUGCUGCCUGUAAUGAUGAAAACACUACAUGAUUUUAUAAUCAUAUGAUUUAAUUUCAUUUGUAAAAUGCAAUUUCAUUAGUUUAUUUGACUUUAUCAGCAUUCUUUUUAUCAUAAAAAUAAAGGUGCAGUUAAGUCGUGCCACAUGACGUCCUAGGAAUGACGUUGCAUGCAUUUGGCUCCCCCAUUUCCAUUUUGUAAUUAUGACAAUAUUGCUCUGCAUCAUAAAAAAUUUAUAUUUUCUAUUCAAUUAUCAUCAAAUCUAUCUUUCAAAUUUAAACUAUAAGUAUCGAAGGUAAUUUCUAUUCAUUUUAUGCAAUAUAAAGUAAGUUGGGUCAGUUUAUGCUCUUUUAUGAACUGUGAAAUGUAUAAACUGCCCCAAUUUAUAUUACAUGUAUAUUGUAUUCUUUAAAUAAAUUUUUUUGAUACAAUAUCUGAUAUUAGUAUAUACAAUGGCUUUGGACAGUGUACAUUCCAAGUACAUGCAAGAAACUGUUGAAAAAAUGGUCACUUUGUGUGCAUUUUCAGUGAUAGCUAAACUGUGUAAGAGAUAUUUUGUUUGUUAUAAUGGUUUUUGAUUUGUUUUUCUUUCAUUUUUGCCAGUGUGAUUAAGUUUUUUUUUUUAUUUUUGGGACAGAUCAGUUGUAAAACCAUACCUUCUUCUUAGGUUGGUAGAUUUUGUCAUUUAGGGAAUGUCAGUUCUAUUUUGUUCUGAAGUGUUUUAUGGAAUAAAUGUUUAUUAUUAGUAAAGUCAUCAGAAGGACAACUUGAAAUAUUGCAGCAUGGAAAGAGACUAUUCAAAAAAUGCCUGUGGUUUAAACCUGGAGAUUUUCGUGUGUGAUGUGGUGCAUUGACAGUGUACCAUAUAUUUUUGGGGAGAGGAGGGGGUGCUUUGAGAGAAUCAAAUUUAGAACUUCUAUAUUGAGCAAAGAAAUACAUUAGAUAAUGUAUUACUUGCGAAUUUUUUUUAUUUUCGCAUAUAAAUUUUAUAGAAUAUAAAAUUGCACAAAUCAGGUUUUGGGGAGGUUCUCUGUCCUUCAUGUUUAGUAGUACAAUAUCAAUAUUGGCGAAAGUCUCCGUCUUGUGAUAAUAAUUUGUAACAACUUUCUGAUUUAACAAUAUAUGAUAGAAAUAUGUGUAUCAGUAUAGAUUGAAACUGAACAAGAAGUACAUGUCAGGUUGUUAGCAUAUCUGAACAUUAAUCGUUCUGUUUGAAGUGUGUAUUGUAAAGCCUUUAUGGAAAUCAUAACCACAUUAAAACUGAAUACUGUAGAACAUAUAAGAUAUGCAGUCUUGUAUUUAAAUUUCCUGAGAUAAUGGAUUAUGCAAAUUCAUCUUUGAAUAUUGAAAGUAUAAUAUUAAAGGAACUGGUUCACAUUUUUUUGAAAUUUUUUUUUUUUUUGGAUGUUAAACAUUAAAAAUAUAACUCAUUUUAUAUAGUUGACAACCAAAAUUUAGACUGAAAAGAGCAAUCUCUAUGUUGUGUAAACAAGACUUGUGCCUUGUUUAUGUUUACAAACGAACUAGUAAAAUGUUAAUUUUGUAAUUUAAAACAUCCUAAGUUUGCACAAAGACAAAUGUAAUUUUUAAAUGGCACAUUUUGCCUAAAGAAUACUUGAAAUGUGAUAGAUAUCAUAACCAUACAUUUUCAAAACUUUGUAAACAAAAGCAUACCUCAAUCUUUGUUUACACAACAAAUAAUAAACUCUCUGUAAUGAGCUUCUGUCAUAAUGUAUAACCUUAAUUAUUUUUGUGAAACCAUUUAAACACAUUAGACAGUAGAUUUUGAUUUUCAAACAAAGUUUUGGAGAAUAUCAUGAAUCAGUCCUUUUAAUUUAGUGUUUUCUAAAGUGUUCUGAAUGAUUUUCCAUUUUGAUGUUGUUUAGUUAUAAUGACUAAAAUAAUUGGAGACUAACUAAAAAUUUUGUAUUUUAUGGAAACAAUGUUAGGAAUUUAAGUCCAGAAAGCAAUGGUAAUUGUAGAUUAUGAAAGUAUAACUGUACAUAAUUGUAAUCAUUAUUUAUGAAUUGGGUGUAUUAAAUCAUAUAAUGUAGUCAAUACAUUUGCACAUACCACAUUGGGGGACCAUUCAUUAUUAAUGAAUCUUUAAUCACAAUGAGUAUGGAAUGUUGGGUGUGCUAAUCGAACUUGGUGUCCAUUUUGUAUAGUUUUCCAUGGCUUUUUUUCUUUUACUGGUUUUAAGGUAACUUGCUGGCUGCAUUCCAUUUUCUUCUUGUCUCUUGUUAGCACAAUUUGGACUUGGUGUGUUAUUUUGAAAUACCCAAGAACAUAGCUACUGGUUUGAAGAGUUAUAAAUGGUGUAGAUAGAAAAUGAUACUCGCUUUAAUUGCCACUUUCAUUUAGUAUUAAUGACAUAGUCUUACUUUGUGAAUUCCAUACUUAUGACAAAGUUUCAUCUUUUAUUUACUUGUUCAAUAAAGAAUAUAAUAGCUUGUUAAAA